AUCACGCACACACAUGAACCGGGUCACAAUGAACCCCUAUCAUUUCCGCAGCACGCAUGCAAGCAUAGCAAUGCCCUUCAUCUAUUCCCCGACAAGCGCUGGGAGUUGGCCACUCGGAUGACCGCCCUCGACUCGGAUAGCCUGACCGGCCUCCCCGCGCUUGCCGCUGCAAAACCAUUCGUGAAGGGAUACGCUACCUACUUGGGUCAUCUGGCAAAAACGGAUCCGAGACUAACUCAUGCAUGCUUUGAUGUCGGAGAAGUGAUGCGAUUCGACGGGCGUGCAUAAUACAUAUCUUCCUCCCGUUGGUGUCUUCAUUCGAACACCAGGCGGUUGUCCUCGAUGCAGCUCAUUAUCUACAUCACAUUCUACUGCUAGUCCCUCAAGGGUGGCACUGGAAUUGCUUCGCUAAGCCGUCGUCUUCCUCGCAGCAAUCGGGGGCACACAAGCAGGGUGGGCGUUCCACGUUCGUAAGAUCAACACGCACAAGCGCGUGACCAUGCUCGACCGAGCGUAUUCUUCCAACCUU